GAGCAACUCCAUCUCCGACAGUAUCAUCGAAAUGACGACUACCGCUCCACGAUCGCUGCGCGUCGGCGUGCUCGGAUGCACCGGAAUGGUUGGCCAGCGGUUUGUACAGCUGCUGUGCAGGCCGGGACAGCCCCACCCGUGGUUUGUGCUGACUGGUCUCGGUGCCAGCGAGCGAUCCGCGGGAUUGCAGUACGGCGCUGCGAGCCGCCACUGGACGCUCCCGACCCCGUGCCCGGCGCAUGUCGCGGCAAUGACAAUGCGGCCAUGCGAUCCUGCAAGCUUUACGGACUGCGAUCUGGUCUUCUCGGCGCUCGACAGCUCGAUUGCCGGCACAGUUGAAUCCGCAUUCGCAGCAGCGGGAAUUCCAGUCUUCUCCAACUCGAAGAAUCACCGAAUGGACGAGAACGUGCCGCUGGUUGUCCCGUUGGUGAAUCCGGAGCACUUGCACCUCGUCGCUGCCCAGCAACGGGAAGGCAAGUCGAAGGGAUUUAUUGUAUGCAAUCCAAACUGCUCAAGCACGGGCCUGGUGGUCGUCCUCCGCGCGCUCGACGCGGCGUUCGGCCUCGAGUCGUUCAUUGUCACAACCAUGCAGGCGGUCAGCGGCGCUGGAUACCCUGGCGUCAGCUCGCUCGACAUUCUCGACAAUGUCAUUCCAUACAUUAGCGGCGAAGAGGACAAGCUGGAGACAGAGCCGAGCAAAAUUCUCGGCACGCUCAAGCCAGACCACAGCGGCAUCCAUCCGUUGCCUAUCAAAGCGUCUGCCAUGUGCAAUCGCGUCGCUGUCAUCGAUGGACACACGGAGUGCCUGUCAGUGCGCAUUCGGCAGCGCGAUGUCACCUCGGCGCAGGUGCAGGCCGUCCUCGAGAACUGCGCGCUGCCGCGGCCAAGCACCUGCUCUGUCGCGCACUUGCCAACCUUGGGGGAGAACUUCAAGCCGCUUGUUGCCUUCCCAGAGACCCAGCACGAUCGUCCCCAGCCGCGUCUUGACCGCGAUCUGGGCGGCGGCUUCACCGUGUCUGUCGGUCGCGUGCGUCCGUGCCCCAUCCUCGAUUUCAAGAUGGUGUUGUUGUCGCACAAUACCAUCAUUGGUGCUGCCGGUGGAGCACUUCUCAACGCUGAGCUUGCAGUGGCGAUGAAUCUCAUUUCGGCCCAAUAAACAAAAAGUGUUCGGGGGUUUUCUUGGCACUUUUUGAGUGCGUUUGUGAA